ACGUAAAAUAUUUACAAAAACAGUUUUUCUUUAGAGUGUUUACAUUGCAAUAAUUGUUAAUUCUAAUUUUGUUCACUGGUUUAGACAUGCAUCCUUUAGUACUAAUCAAAUCUUUUGGAAAGGAAAAAUGUGGCGAUAUAAUCCACGAAUUGUUACGCAUUAACGGUCAGAGUAUUUUGGAACCUCUUACAUGUAUUGAUUCAUGCAAUUUAAAAGCACACAAAUUGUGUAUUUGCACGAAAUACUAUAAAACUCAAGUAUUACUUUUUGAAUGUGAAGAUAUUAACUCAAUUUCAAAUGCAGUAAAAAAUGAUGUAGAAGGAGCUAUAUUCUAUUUUGAUUCAAAUGAUUCACAUUUUCUUUCGGAAUUGGAAUCAUUGGUUAAGUUUGUUAAAGAUAACAAUAUAGGAGUGACAACUCUAAUCACACGAAAUUUAAAUGAGAACAGUAUACAUGGACUAUCAUAUGAUGAAAUAAAAAGCAGAUGCAAACUGGACAUAAAUGUUAUUGAUUUAAAUGCCAAAAUGGAUAUCGAUGAACGUGUUGGUUAUGCGGAGGUGCUUGAACUUUUUGAAAAUCAUGUAUGGUCUAGUGUUCAUAUCUCAUCACACAAUUCCAACGAAAUAUAUAAAUCGGAGGAAAGCGAUGCAAAUGUUGAAGAAGCUCUAAACGAAUUUGAAGAAUUACUAAAUAAGUUUCAACAGUUCAAGGAUGUUUCCCGAUCUCUGUGCCGAGAGGAAGUUCUCCAAAAUGCUGAAAGUCUUGCGGAACUGUUUGCAAAUAUUUUAAAUGAAGAUUGAAUAGUUAAGAAAUGUAAUAAACUUGCAAAUAUUUUUGAUCAUGUAUUUUAUAUUUUACACAAAAUUACAUUAAAAACAUCGCAAAGUUGCACUAUA